GCGAACAUGGCUGCGGCAGUCAGGAUGAGGACGUGGAGCUGUCCGAGCAGGGGAGUUUUCAAUCCGUGGGGAGUCCUUUUUAUAGUUUUACUCAAUACUAUAAAUGCGGUUGUCGCAGCUCCAGAGGCGGGACUAUGGAAAAUCACAGUAGUAAAUACCUCAAGACCACUGCUCUUAAAGAAAUCCAUGUAUAAAGACACUGACAUAGAAUUGAAAGUUGUGUAUUUUGGCUGUCCUGAGGAGGUGACCUUCACCAUUCACUGGUAUCUAAAAUACUACCCCUGUCACAAUGAUUUCAACAAUAUUGACGAAAUGUAUGAGAGAACACCCCUGAGUCGUGGGGAGGGCCUGGAUCCAUAUCCCCUUGGACAAGGAGAGUACAUUGAACACAAACACAGUCCCAUACAAUGCAACAGUGGACUGCGCUCUUUUCCAAUGCUCAAAAAAACGAAGGCAGAGCCACGGCCAGUCUUCCCCCCUGUGGAGGGCAAAGUGCCAGAUGAAAAUGACACCAGAUGGAUUACUGAGGAGUAUGACAGGAGCAGCGCCAUGAAGAACAGCAGUUUAAAUAUCAGAGACAACAUCAUAGCCACAACAUGGAAAGAUGGGCCUUACCUGCUGGUUGUUAAAAUUGUGUCCAAUAAACAGGAUGCCAAUUGGAACUUAACAGUUAAUGUGGUGAUGAAAGGCAGCCAUGGCUACAUUUCUAUCACAGAGUGGCCUCUCAUGAUUUUCUACAUGGUGAUGUGCAUAAUGUACAUCCUGUACGCCCUGCUGUGGUUUGUGUGGGCAGCGUGCUACUGGAAGGAUCUGCUGCGGAUCCAGUUCUGGAUAGCGGGGGUCAUAUUCCUCGGGAUGGUGGAAAAGGCUGUCUUCUGCGCUGAAUAUGAAAACACUAAUGCCGGCGGUUCAGCUUCUUCAGGCUUGUUGAUCUUUGCCGAGCUGGUCUCUGCCCUCAAGAGGACUUUGGCUCGAUUGCUCGUCAUCAUUGUCAGUCUUGGAUAUGGCAUUGUAAAGCCUCGACUGGGGACAGUGAUGCACAGAGUUGUGGGGCUCGGUAUCCUCUACUUUGCCUUUGCCAGCAUCGAAGGUGUCCUGAGGAUUACUGGAGCAAAAGACUCUGACUUGGCCCUGCUGGCCAACAUUCCCCUGGCUCUGCUUGACUCCUCUCUAUGCUGGUGGAUCUUUGUCAGUCUUGCACAAACCAUCAAGACUCUGAAGCUGAGAAGAAACCCAGUGAAGUUGUCUCUCUACAGGCACUUCACAAACACACUAAUAUUUGCUGUGAUUGCUUCCAUCAUUUUCAUGGGAUGGACCGCAAAAAAAUUUCGGCUAGCAGAUUGCCAGUCUGACUGGAUCGAGCUGUGGGUGGAAGAUGCUUUCUGGAGGUUCUUGUUCUCCAUCAUUCUGCUUGUCAUUAUGUUUUUAUGGAGACCAUCUGCAAACAACCAAAGGUACGCUUUCACACCUCUCAUUGAUGACUCUGACGAUGAGGAGACCGAGGAGUUCAUCGCCUCUGCAAACGCAAACCUUGCUGAUGGCAUUAAGUUGAGAGCUAAAAGUGAGACAAAUGGCACAGUGAGGCCUGAAACAAACCCAGAUGAAGACUUGAAGUGGGUGGAGGAUAACAUUCCCAGCUCUCUUACUGAUGUAGCUCUGCCAGUCCUGCUCGACUCAGAUGAGGAGAUCAUGACGACGAAGUACGAGAUGUCAAAGCUGGAGUGAGGCGAAACAAUUCCAGCCUUCACAUGACAUGGAGGGAGAACAUUGCAGCUGUCCCUGACUCUGCAGCAGGGUUUUCUCCAGGAUUUCCAGUUGGGUGGUGGUGGUGGUGGAGUGCCAUUUAGCUUUUAAGGGGAUCCUCCCCUGCUACUUCACAGGGUGGUGCAGGCCACAGUAGGAGGGCCUCCGCUUAUUUCUUCAACUUCUCAAGAACAGAGAGCGUCACCAGAGGAAGACUGUCUUUUCAUGGACCAGCUGGUUCGUGGUUUCCCUGCAAUGAUUAGUUUUGAGCCUUUCUUUCCAAAGAGAAUGUUUCACUUUAUAUCAAGUGUUGUAUUUAUUUCCGUUAUGUCGAUGUGACUUUAUUUUAUCAGAGCAUUAAGAAUAGCGGGCCUCAUGCAUUAACAUACUUUCAAAAAUACAUCGUGUCUUUUUCAGAGUAUCUACAAAUUAUUGGUUGGUUGUGAUAAGCUAAGAUUCUUAUUUAUGAUGGGUAAAAAUAAUUGAAAGCCUUUUUUUUUUUGCACCAGUAAUUAGUACUAAGAAUGAUUUGUCUAAGCUAUUUUUGAAGCCAGAAGAUAAAUGACAAAUAAAUGACUUUUUAAUUUAUCAGUUUCAAACAGGAUCUUUCUUUAAAUGCAAAUAUAUACUUGUUAAAUUUGUGAAAGUUGAGGAAUUCAGUCAACGGUCUGUACUCUUCAUGUGACUGGGAGUGUCGGAAGCACACUUGUUUGUUGCCAGCGUUUAAAAUCUGAGACAAGAAAAUACUGAAAAUUCAAAUACUGCAAUUUUGAAUCGAACCUUUGCUGUGAUGCACUUUGAAGAUCGAAACUGUGCCUGCAUGUAGUUCUUGUAUGAGGCCUCAUCUGAUCAGGAACCUGAGAAUAAUGUGUAAAAGUGUUGUUCAUGUCUCAGAUUGAAACUACCCAGCAUCCUCAGUAUUGUUGUGUGAAUGUUUGUGAGAGGGGCGAAGCACAAACACAUGAUUUGUACAGUUUGAAUUGAAAUGUUACUGGGUUCAGUAGUGUAGAAUUGGGGAUCGCCGUCAUGUUUUGAAUCUACUGUAUGUUUGUGGGUGGCCAGGUUUUGUGUCUGCCGAAAUAAGGAGCAACAUACUGUGUGUAUGUUGAUAUGGAGUUAAAUAAUUUCCUUAUUUAUUUGUGUUUCAAGUGUACUUAUAAGUUGUUUAAGUGUGUGUUCACCCAUGUUUACUCUGUGUGUUUACAAUGUGUGCUUCCAUUUUAUCGAUGACUAGGAUCCCAAACUAUCUCAUGAUGUAUUAGGCAAACAGCAAACUGCAGCUCGUUCCAUAUUUCUUUUGCAGUGUUUGCUUUUGUUGCCGAUACAGUCCUUGCGUUAGUUUCACAGACACCUUAAUAACAUGUUCUUUUUUAAAUAAGUCUUAACAUGUUUAUUUUUGUAUAGUUAUUUUUGAAAAUGGCUGCCAUGGUGUUUUUGUCAGUUUUGGAGUUGGAACACUGUCGUCGUCAUCUUCAUGUUUGUCGUCUUGAGUAAAAGUGAAAGCAGGACUUGUAAUCUUGUCUGUCUGGGCGGCUAAAUGAGUUAUGUCGGUAGCACAAGCACAAGCACAAGCUGAUCUUCUGAAUGGGUUUUUAAUGUGACUGCUUUCUGGUUUUUUUUUUUGGUUUUUUUUGUGGUUGGAAACGUGGAAUAAUUGUGCUCAUGAUGGCAACCUGUCCUGUUAUAUAAAACUGCAGACACCUGCAGUCGACCUUGAUUAUUUGUACAGAUGGGUUAUGGCUCAUUCCUUUUAUUUUUUAAUUCCACAGGUGGAGAGGUGUCUGGAUAAUAUGACUCUACUUUUUUGUUUCCCUGGGUUUCAUGAAGAACUUAAACUUUUCACACCAGCAGUUUUCUUCUCUCUCAUCUCAGAUUAAAUAUGAAUAGGAUACAGGAGACUGUUUUUUUUCCUGAUUUGUUAUUUUCAGUAUUAAUUUGGCAAUAAAAAAUACCUAUUUUA